UCUUUUAGGGGAAAAAAAAAAAAAAAGAAAAAACCAACCAGAAGAGGGACUGCUGCAUCUGCUGGCUGCUUCUUAAUUACUGCUUCCCCUAACUACAAACAGCCUGUUUUCCCUCAUGGUAGAAACAGCAUUUGGCUAAUGAGCAGAGUGACGAGGUCCUCGAGUGAGACCGAGGAUAUCUGGGGGGCAGAGGAGGAUGAUAUGACGGAAGGUGACCUUGGGUAUGGCCUCGGAAGAAGACCUGGCGGUCUUUAUGAAGUUUCGUGUUCGACUACAUCUAAGAAAAGGUCUGAGGGGAAGAGCUUGAGCCCUCCUCCGCUUCCAAAAAAUGGAGACGAGAGAAGCGACUCCGGGUUCCAGUACUGCAGGAAUAAGGGCUUGCGGGAUACGUGCGCUCACGGAUGCCCAGCGUCCGGCUGCAGACGGCAGAGCGGCUCAGAUUCUAACUCAGAAUUGUCAAAUGAACAAUUGAGGCAACGUCUUCAUGAAACUUUAGAGGAAGUAGAGAUUUUAAAAACUGAACUUGAAGCAUCUCAAAGACAACUUGAAGGUAAAGAGAAAGCAUUGAAAAUCCUUCAAAGCAUGGCGGUGCUUGACAAAGCCACGAGUCACACACAAACAGUGCUUCAAAAAACUAUAGAACAAAAGAGAGCUCUGGAGAAGGAAAUAAAUGCCUUGCAGUGGGAAAUGGAAUUUGAUCAGGAUAGAUUUAAAACUAUAGAGGAAUCUUGGACCCAAAAAUAUGACAGACUAAACUGUGACAAUGCAGUUCUCAGAGAGAAUCUGAAGGUGAAAACUGAAGAAAUUAAAAUGCUCAAGUCUGAAAAUGCUGUUUUGAAUCAGCGGUAUUUGGAGGCCCUCGCCAUGCUUGAUAUCAAGCAGCAGGAGAUGGCUCCGGAGAACCCGGCUCAGGACAGUGGCUCUACAGAGGUGUCGGGUCUCGAGCUUGCAGUCCUCGGAGCCUGCUUGUGUCGUGGUCCUGGAGGGAGCCCCUGUUCUUGUGCCAGAAUGGCAGCAUCCACUCGGAAACUGGUUCUUCAGCUCAGACAGGAGUUGGAAAUUCUGCAGAAAAGUAAGGAAGAGGCUCAUAUAAUGGCAGAUGCAUUCAGAAUUGCUUUUGAGCAACAACUAAUGCGGACGAACGACCAGGCCCUGAAACUGGCACAUGGGGAUAAGUGGAUAAACAGGCAACACCUGAAAGAGCAUGGAUAUCAAUCACAAAGGAGAAAGAAGACCUUGGGGCAGAGGCUGCUGGGGAUACUUCCUUCAGAAAACAGUUCGAAGAGGACUGAAGACCAAGACAACCCACAAGAUGUCUGUAAGAUGCUAAUAGACUUGCUGAAUGACAAGGAAGAGGCACUGGCCCAUCAAAGAAAGGUCAGUUACAUGCUUGCCCGGGCACUGGAAGACAAGGACACGGCUGCAAAGAAUAAAGACAAAAUUCCCACGAACCACAAUGUCCCAUUCACAGCCGCCAGGCCGGAAGCUUCAGAACGCCGUGUUUUGCAUGAUCCAGCACACUCACAUGUCCACAUUUCUGAUCCUGUGGGUUGCAUUUGUUCAGUCCAGCAUCCCCAGAGAGAUUCAGACUGCUCAAGAAUGCUUAAAAGAUCCUGUUCUUUGCCGUCAAAUAUAUUUAAAAAAUAAACCAGUUGAAAUUAGAAUUAGAGCUAUUAAAAAUCAGGUUUGGGAGCUGAAAAUGUAUCUCAGAGGUAGGACACUUGGUUAGUGUGCGUAAGGCCUUGGGUUUAGCACAUGCUGGUGCACGCCUUUAAUCCCAGCACUUGGGAAACAGAGGCAGGUGGCAGAUCUCUGACUGUGAGAGUAGCCUGGUCUACACAGCAAGUGUCAGGAAUGCCUUGGGUUUGAUGUUCAGCACUGCAAAGACUUUGAGAAAGUACACAGGGUAUGGAGGAUACUUGUAAAUCUCAGUACUUGGGAAGCUUAGGCAAAAAUACUGCUGUGAAUUUGAUGGCUGACUAAAUUACAGACUGUUGCCAAAACAGAAAAAGAAUUACAUAAUGUUGAUAAUAAGUUGUAUGCUUUCUAGAUGGUUUUAAAAUUUAUUAGCACAGUAAUUUACAAAGUAGUAAGCUCAUUAUGAUAUCUUAAUACAUGUAUUAACAAUAUAUGUGUUUUGACCACAUCCCUCCCUUUUAAUUUUAGGAUGCAGCUUAAGUAAGCAAACCUUUAACACAUGUCCUAUAAGAAAUGUAUUAGUAUUGUAUUCUAUAAGAAAUGUAUUAUGUUGACAUUUUAUUUAUAAAAUCCUUUUCCAUAUUUUGACAGUUUCAGUGUUCAUCUAUCUUAUAAACAAAUAUUCUUGGGAAAACAUUAAGUUAUUUAUGGAGCUGGGGAGACAGCUCAGCUGGUAAAGUGUUUGCCAUGCAAGCGUGAAGCUGAGUUUGGUCCUCAGCAGCCACAUGAAAAGCCAGGUACAGUAGAGCAUAUCUGUGACCUGGCUGAGGGAGAAUGCAGAGGCAGGUGGGUUCCUCAGGCUUCCAGGCCAGCCAUCCUAGCCUGAUGAGAGCCCCAGACCCCAGUGAGAGACCCUGUCUCAAAAACUAAGGUGGGCAACACCUAAGGCUGACUUCUGGUGAGCACAUGCAUGCACAUGUACACACACACCCCAUUACUUUCUUUUCUUUUCUUUUUUUUUUUUUUUUUGAGACAGGGUUUCUCUGUGUAGCUUUGCACCUUCCCUGGAUCUCACUCGGUAGACCAGGCAGGCCUCGAACUCACAAAGAUCCGCCUGCCUCCCAAAUGCUGGGAUUAAAGGCAUGCGCCACCACCGUAACUUUUCUAUUGGACUUGGUGGUACAUCCCUGUAAACCCAACCAACACUCAGGAGGCUUCAGGGUUGCAAACCUUAGCACAGCCUGGAUGCUACCUAGCCAAAAAAUUGUCUCAAAAACCAAAACUAGAGCUCAUGGCAUGGUUCAGGGGGGAAAGGCUCCCACUACCAAACAUAAUGACUUGAGUCUGAUCCCCAGCAUCCAUAAGGUAGGAGAGAAUCGACUCCCAAGAGUUGGUCUCUGAUCUCCACACUUCACUGUGGCUUAUACUUCCCAACAUAAAUAAAACUGGGCGUGGUGGUGCAUACCUUUAAUCCUAGCACUCAGGUGGCAGAAGCAGACAGGUCUGAAUUAGAGACCAGACUGGUCUACAUAGUGAGACCCUGUCUCAAAAAAACAACCUAACAAAAAAUACAUUUAAUAAAAUAAAAAUAUUAAAGAACAAACAAAAGCCAUUACUAACACAAUAGUAAUAGUUAUUUAGAAUAACCAUAUGGAUCUUAGGUCAGAUAAAUAUCAAUAUAACAAACAAUACUUAGGACCAACUGUUAAUUUUAAAAACCCUUAUCUGCAGUUCUCAGAAUUUUUUAUUUGACAUUCAAAAUGUUGAAAUGAUUUUGUUAACUUCAAUAAAAAGUUAUGGCGGGAUUUUAGCAAUACUUUCAUACUAAUUGCUAGUUCCUUUCACAGUGUAUUUUUUGGUCAGUAAAAUAUUUAUAGCCAAACCUAACAGAUGUUUACUUAGCAACUCUCUCAUUCCAUCCUGGAAGUGGAUGUGAUGGUCCCAGAAAAGGUCUCAGCUGAAGUUGCCUGAGGCACGAUAAAGGUAGGUUUAUGCGUUUGCCUGACAUGUGAUUUUUUUUUUCUUUUUUGGAGACAGGGUUUCUCUGUGUAGCCCUGGCUGUCUUGGAACUCACUCCAUAGACCAGGCUGUCCUGGAACCCAGAAAGAUCUGCCUGCCUCUGCAUCCCGAGUGUCUGGAUUAAAGGCGUGCACCACCAUGCCCAGCUGCCUGCCAUGUGAUUUUAAUAAGAUUUGGAUAUCAGAUUAAGUGAUAUACUAUAUAGCCACAUGCUGGUCAAUAGGCCACAUAUACAACAGCGGUCACAUUAGAUGACAGAGCCUCUCGAGGCUGAACUGUAUGUACACUGUUUGAAUGAUGACAAAAGCCCCUAACUGCACUUCUCAGAAUAUGUCCCUGCCAAGCAAAAUGUCAGACUUCAUUAUGAAACACUGAAUAUAAGGAGAAUACUUUAGCUGUCCCCCUAAGUUGACGAUGACAUUUCACUGUUCCAUUUAGAUUGUGGAUAUUGUAAUCUUACUUGAUGUCACUGGUAACUCUGUUAGACAGUUAGAGGAAAAGUAAAGAAUCGUCCCAUGAAUUUGAACCAUGAAGUCACUCAAUGCCUAUGAUCCCAGCAGUUGGGAGACUGAGGCAGGAUUGCCCAGAAUAGCCUGGGCUGCCUGUGUGUCUCUGUCACCCACAACAAAAACCCCCAUUCAGAAGGGCUUGGUAACAAACAGUUUUGCUUAGUAACUGUUACAUCUACUUCACAGCAGAAGUGACUAUUUCACACUCAUUCUAUUCGGAUUAAAUAAGAGUCCCACAAAGGCCAGGCUACUGUUUGCACAAGUGAAAACAUGGGGAGAGGUGACAUCCUUGUCUGCCCACAGGGGAAUAAGGCACAUCCAUGAAAUCUGUGGAGCUAUAGGAACUAGUCAAACACACCUACACAAUCUCCAGAGGAGCCCCACAAGUGGGGAAUGUCACGUAUUAACACAUCAAGCACACGGGUACAACACACAGAAAAGUCAGUUAAGAGUACCCACACGAUUUCUCUGGCAGGAAGUGUAACAGGGAGAAAGGCAUGAAAGGAAAUAGGGACAUUGUAUAACCUCUGCAUUUCUCUAUCGGAAAAAUUCUACAAAUGAAAGAAAAAUUAUAAACAAAAAGGCCGCCGGGCGGUGGUGGCGCACGCCUUUAAUCCCAGCACUCGGGAGGCAGAGCCAGGCGAAUCUCUGUGAGUUCGAGGCCAGCCUGGUCUUCAGAGCGAGUUCCAGGAAAGGCGCAAAGCUACACAGAGAAACCCUGUCUCGGGGGGGGGGGGGGGGGGGAAGGCCUAUGUGUUUUAUAGGGUUUUUGUUUUUGUUUUUUAAAAAGGUUAAAAAAAUCUGCAAAGCUCGUAUCUGAUCCAGCAAGGAUCUUACCCUGUACAGAGGCAGGAAGUGCUUUACAGAUGUGUUAAGGCUAGUACAGGUAUCUUAAAAUGGUUAUCAAGGCUCUAAGCAAUACAAAAACCCAUCAGUAGCCUGGCGUGGUAGCGCAUGCCUGUAAUCCCACUUGGGAGGCAGAGUUUGAGGCCACCUUGGGCUAUAUAUUGUAGAGACCCUGUUUCAAACCAAAAGGCAUUAAAACGAAGUCUGCAGUGAGACGGCUCAACUGGUAAAGGCGUUUGCUGUCAAGCAUGACGACCUGAGUUCGGUCCUUCUGACCUACAUAUAAUAGAGAACCAACAUCUAUAAGCUGUCCUCUGACCACCACCACACGUUCUAUACUAUGUGCACACACACGUGAAUACCGCGCACAAACACACACACACACAAGUGUAACAAAAAAUUAAAAAUAGUGGUUUAGCAUGACCAUACAAUGGGCCAUGUAUUUGUAUAGUGUAAUCCCCUAUACCCAGCAGGGAAGAAGCUGGGAACAGUGGCAUGCACCUGUAAUCCCAGCUCACAGGAAACAGGAAGCAAGAGGAUCCUGAGUUCUAGGGCAGCCUGGGCAACAUAGAGCAACCAUACCUGAAAACUUACAACACAAAAUCUGCUAAGACACAUUUUCAGUGUUACUGGUUCCUUUGGCACUGCUAUCUCAGAUUUUAGCUGUGUGCUAAACCGCCAUCAACCGCCCACUCUUCACUAAGGGGAUGUUUACAUUUUUGUUGCAGCUGUCAACCAAUUCGGUGGUUUUAAAGCUAGCCUGUUCCAACCUUAGUUUCUGCUAUUUUCAGUCUCUGAUAAAAUACACAUCAUGGGUUGGUCAACUUGGUGUCUGAAUGGCUAAUAAAGGGACAGAUGGUAUAACCAAUACAUGCAAGACAGCCACAUGCUGUGAAAUUUAACCGUAGGAAGAGAAAUGCCAAAGAGAUUUAAAAAAAAAAAAAAAAUCACUUUUUUCUUCCAGAUUGUUCGAGGGCAUAAUUCUCUGUGUGGAUGUAACAAAUCAAUAACUACAUGGCAACAUGAUAAUGUCAACAUUAACAGAAAAUGCAUGCACUUUAUGUCCUCCCAUAUAUUAAGUAUGCACAUUAACUAAAUUACAUAUGCAGUCCUGGUACUGGCAUGAAAAGAUUUUAAAAUGAAAUUAAAGUCCUAUGUGAAUUUAUCUUUAUACAGCUAACUACUCAGGAACCUUUUUUUUUUUUAAAGAUUUAUUUUGGGUCACGUAUGGUGGUGAACGCCUUAACUUAAAUCCCAGAACUCUGAAGGCAGAAUUAGGCAGGUCUCUCAUAACCAAGUUCAGGGCCAGCUAGGAUUACACAGUGAAACCUUGUCUCAAAAAUAAAAAUAACUAAGGUUUCUUUUUAUGUAUGCAGAUCCCUAAGGCGGCCAGCAGAGGGCAGCAGAGUCCCUGGAGCUGGAGUUACAAGUAGUUGAGAGCUGCCUUGUGUCAGUGUUGAGAACUUAACACCAGCCCUUCUUUUACUUUUUAACAAUUUCUCUCUUAGUAGCUGCUGGACAGGACUAUCCUCUGUACCAAACCAUUGACAUCUUCAGGAGUCUAGCUGGGCUUGACUGUGCACCUUCCCUCUUGGAAGAAGGGGGGGUGGGGGUGGGGAGGGUCAUGUGACCCUCAAGUGAGCAUCCAGCCACUAGUCCCUAUCAGUUAUAUGCAAUUCUGCCCUAUGUAAACUUAUACAAUAAAUUUGUACAGUUUUUCUUCUGUGAAGUUUAUAUCAAUCUUAUUUUUUGAACCCUCACAGGACUCAAGGAGAAUGCAGAAUAGGAGUGAAGUUCUGCUCUCCCAAACCUCCCAUACAGGAAGUUAUGUGGGGCUGGAGUGUUGACUUAGUAAUCAGGCACUGGCUGCUCUUCUAGAGGACCUAGGUUUAUUUCCAGCACCCUCAUGGUGGCUCAUAACUACACGUAAUUCCAGUUCCAGGGGAUCUAAUGCCAUUUUCUGGCCUCCAUGGGCACCAGGAAUGCACAUGUUGCAUAGACACCCAUGUAGACAAAACACCCAUGCAUAUAAUAACUUUAAAAAAAAAAAAAAACCUCAUGUGAUGGGCACCUUGCUUUAGUCUUGCUGAAACUCGUAAGGAAGCUGAGCCAUGCUAGCUAGUUACCUCACUUAAGAACUACAGAUCUGAAUCAUUUGUUUUAUAGUGCCAGCUACAGAAACCAGGGGCUCAUGCAUGCUGGGAAACUCUCUACCACUAAGCUACACCUAAAUUUGGGUUCUUUUUCUUGAGAAAGGUUCUCACUAUGUAGCCCUGGAACUCAACUCUGUAGACCAGGCUGGCCUUGAACUCAGAGAUCUACCUGCCUCUGCCUCCCAAGUCCUGGGAUUAAAGGGAUAAGUAGCCACUAUGCCUCACAAUUCAUACUAUUUUUAUGAUAAACUUUAUACAACAAUAGAAAAAUAAUAUUCCGUAAACAAAGCACAGAUAAAUAGCAUUAUUUACAACACAUUAUUAUAUGGUAACUAAAUCAACUAGACUCAUAUCCAUUAAUAUGGAAAGGAAGUUUCUAAGUAAAAAACAAAAAACA